AUGACCCCGUCACGGAGGACAGCCUCUUCUGUAUCUCCUCCGCCGCUAAAGAGGAGGAAGGUCUCAGAUCCCUGUACUCCUGCGUCCACGGAUGAAAUCGCCGUCUACUCCUGGAACGUCAAUGGCAUCGAGCCUUUGAUUCGGCGGCCAAUCACUUCUUUCUUCAGACCAGCCGGAGAGAAGCCAUUAGGCCAAGCUCAAUCUACAGGUCUUCGCGAUGUCCUCCGCAAAUACUCAUGGCCAACAAUGCUGCUCCUCCAAGAGGUCAUGAUCAAUCCAGAAGAUAGAUCUACGCAAGCUGCCGUGAAGAAAGCCGUGCAACCGAGCAACGGGUCCUCUGCAGAGGAUGCAUCAUAUGUUGUCGAGUUCUGCCUACCUUCCGAUAAGCACAAUGCGCGUGGCUUCGGCCGCAAGGUUUACGGAGUGUGUACUAUCAUUCGCGAGGAUUUCUACUCCACGUAUGUGGAGAGAGUGCGUCACGUCGACUGGGAUGCUGAGGGCCGCUUUUUGGUCUGCGAGACGAGAGCAGCUGGCCUGCAGCCCAAGUUGGCGUUCAUCAACAUAUAUGCGGUCAAUGGCACCGACGCUGCAUACAAAGAUUCGGACACAGGCGAGGUAGUCGGCACGAGACACGAUAGAAAACUGCAAGUCCAUCGCCUGCUCCAAGCCGAGUGUCGCGAUCUCGAGACCCGAGGCUUCGCGGUUGUGCUGGCCGGGGACAUCAACAUUGCUCGAGCACGGAUUGAUGGCUUUCCGCGGCUGCGAGAGUCUCCGAUUCAGCACUGCAAGAACAGAGCAGACUUUGAGACAAAGUUCUUCGGACAAAGGCCGACCAUAGAACCCUCUGCCGAAGAUCAAGACGCCUGCACCGACUUGAGAAUGAUUGAUUCCUUCCGGCACCUUCAUCCUGAUCGGAAGGGCUACACGUACUACCCACGUUCACAAGGCGCUGCGACGUUCGGAGCAAGCUGUGAUCGCGUCGACAUGAUUUUGCUUUCACAUGAUUUGCGAGACAAUCUCGUAUCAGCCGGCAUGCAUGAGACGGUUGCCGACCGUGGGACGAGCGACCAUGUUCCUCUCUAUUGUGCGCUACAGUUUCCUUCGCAGUCGAGCGAUGGCGGUGUACGAACUGUCACUCAGGAUCUCUCAUCGAAUGGAAGCGGCUAGAGACACGGUCUUCAUUUUGUGCCCUUUUUUGCCAGAGCACCGUUCUUAGACCAUUCCAGACAGUGCCAUGCCACAAAUGCCGCCGUGAGCGAAGCUUUGCGCUUGCACCCAUGUCUGCGUUUCUGGCGAAGUCACGCAUCUCCGGCACCUGCGUUGCAGCGUCAGGCUUGUUCGAUCAUGACCACAUCGAAAAGUCCGCAGCCAAACGCAUCGAGCUGUUGCAGGCAUGCGUCCUUCGGCUGUUCAAGUCGGCAUCGACUCUCCAUGAUACAGACCGCGACGGUUCUCACUUCUCCCUUCCAGCUUUGACACAGCUCAGCGCUGGACUUGACCGACAACUGCAUCGACCACACCACGGAACGCCUCCAUUUCCUCUUCCACACUGCCGCCCCCCGCUCCGCCAGUCAAGUUGACGCUACUCCCCACGUAGCACGGCUUCGACAGUUUCCGCGCGAGAAGUUUCGCCAUCCGUGUCGUGAAGUCCAGAGUCGAUGGGGUGUUGUAUAGAGCU